UCUGCCGCUUAUUGAAGGGGCACAUGCCAAGGGGCAUAUGCCCACUGGCCUCCUAUACGUGGGGCCACCGAAGUCCCAGAUAUCUAGUGAUAUUUUCCAAUGUAAGAGCUGGCAACAAAAGCACUUCUCGUGAUGUAUUUUGAAGUACUCUACAAUGCCUUACAGUGCCUGCAUUCUUUGUGUUGACUGCAUUUGAACUUAGUUGAAAGCAAGCAGUGAAGACCGAUCAUGCUGGUGUCCCCUGCAGCUGAGCGCAGUCAGGCCUCUCUGCUGUCAGUGCUGCAGCACAUGCUGGAGGACCAGUCUAAUAAAAAGCUGUUUGGCCUGGAGCUGGGCUCAGGCACGGGCCAGCACGUUACUCACUUUGCUCAGGAGCUGCCCUUUAUUACCUGGCAGCCAUCAGACAUUACAGAGGAAUCACGAAACAGUAUCCAGGCUUAUAUUGAUGCCACCAAGGUGCAGUCAGUGCUGCAGCCAGUGUUUCUGGAUGCCAGGGAACCCUGGGAGAAAUGGGCAGGACUCCCACAAAGCUCCUGUGAUGUCAUCAUAGCCAUCAACCUGCUUCAAUACAGCAGCUUCAAUACCGCAGAGGGUGUCUUUAAAGGAUCUGGACAGAUUCUAAAGCAGAACGGCAUCUUAAUAACUUACGGGCCUUAUGCUAUCAAUGGAAUGAUCACACCAAUCUGCAAUGAAACAUUAGACCAGAGGUUACGAGAGAUGAAUCCAGAGUGGGGCCUUCCAGACAUCGACGUGCUAAGACAGCUUGCAUUCGGAAAUGGGUUACGUCUAGAGAGAAUGGUGCGUAGCAGUUCAAAUGUAAAACACAAGACCAUUAAAUGUGUGCUAAUACAAUGAACAUGCACUACUUUUGUAUCUCUCUAAAAGAUCGAGAUGGAAGAAAGUAACAAAUGCCUGGUCUUUCGAAAGGUGUGACACAUCAAGACCCUUCCAGAUGGUUAAUUAGGAUUCAAAACCGCACAGAUGGACUUCCAAUAAAUCAAUACACUCAAAAUGUUUUUACUUAAGGUAACAGCUACAGUUCAGUGUCAACAUUUCCCCCCAUAAGGCUGUGCUAAAACAUGUUUGUUCUGGUGCACAUGAUUUAUUUUGCACCCCCCCCCCCAUCCGCCCCACCCCCAACACAAUAAAUGAAGCAUCGUCAAAUGUGCACAAUAAAAGAAUGAGAUAUUUAUUAAAUAUAAUCUUAAAAUUCUUUUCUUUUGAGAGUCAGACAGAUCUGUAUGAUGGAAAGUUGUCCACAGAUGGCAUUAAAGGGUUACAGAAGUCACUGGUUUGUGUAGGUAACAAACAUGCAGUACCAGUCCAUUCUUAAAGCAACAUCCACGCCAUUCAUUAUCUGCAUCCCAAUUCUCGUUCACAUCU